AUGAAGUGUAUUGUGGCGGGGAAGCCUGCUAUCUGGCAAGGAUUCUACAAUGAGUAUUGCUUUACCCAAGGAAGAUUUCAAAUUGUCGAUGAUGCAUCAAACAGCCCGAAUGCAUUCGUCCCCGUUGGAUUUGCAGACUUUUUCGUCCGAAACUUUCAAUGGAUGCCUUACUUGUUUAUUCUUCAACUGGUUCUCUUCGCAAUUCCAAAAUGUGCAUGGACAGCUUUUGCUUUAUCAUUCAAAAAUGUUAAUCAAACCGUCUCGGCGAUUUCACAGGCUCGUUGCAUAAAAUCAUUGAAAGGUGAAGAAAGAAUGAAAGAAGUUGAAGCAAUUUGCGAGUUUUUGCUGCGCAGUCUUGGAUCUCCACAAGAAAGACGACGCUGCUUACAAGGUCAACUAGCGGUACUUCUGGAAGUCUUUAUUCGCCCAUCCAAAGAAUCGAUGAGGAAAUUUCCAAAGAAAGCAAUUUGUUAUGUGCCUGACGAUUAUGGAUACGAGAAAGGAUCGCUGAACAUCACGACUCCAAAUCAAAUGCUUCAAGCAAACUGCUUUAUCUCCAUCAACAGCGUUUAUGAGCAACUCUACGUUUUCCUGUUCUUCUGGCUCAGUUUCCUCUUCAUCAUCACGUUUCUGAUGGCCAUUCAUUACACGUUGUUUCUACUGUUACCACGAUGGAGGAUUUAUUGUGCUUCAAAAUAUUUGCCUACUCCAAAGUCGUUGGCGAUGGGUUCAGCUGUUGGACAAGCAAGCCCGGCACAUAUCUCAUUGCCGUCAAAUCAUCUUUCGGAAUAUUUCAUAAACUCGGUUCUAAUGGCCGAUGGUUGCAUGGCACUGUGGUUUAUAAAGGAGAUGGCUGGCAAUCAAGUAUCAGCUGAAAUGGCGCAAUGCAUUUGGAACUUUUCAGUGAGUCGGACAGUAGAAUCACAGCCCAUUCUUCCAACUCGAGGCACCCUCAACUAUCUCGGCAAUCACAGUAGCAAUAAAGAAGUCGAUUUCGCAAUGCUUCUCUACGAUAGGAUUGCCAACACCGCCAAUUUUGCAAAGGGCCGCACCGAAAGCCUCUACAACUAUGGUAUUGAUUCUGCCAAUACGGUUAUCGGUUCUGGUCGUGAUGUUGUGGCUAAAUGGGUGCGCAUCGUGGUGGGCACAGGUGUCAUUUUUGGAUUGUUGGCUCUGGCAGUAAUCACCUCGAUCAUCUCUUUCCUUUGCGACUACGUCUUUACUCACUGGGUUGAUUUGGACGAUGUGACGGGACUUAUUAAGAUACCACUUUUCUUCUACAAGUUGUCAACGACCAUUGUCGCUAGAGUCAUGAAGAUUGAAUGGAACAUGGGAGCCACCAUUGAACAAACAAGCUCGUACGUCCGCACGGCCGUUGGCGACGCAGUCACAUCAGUGAAGCAACUUGAUUUUAAAAAGAUGAACUUGGAAGAAGUCACGAUGAGCGGCAUUGAUACGUCUAAUCAACAUCUAAAUGAUCAACUCACUGUAUUGAAGGACAAAGGCACCGUCGUACUCACUGGCUCAAACUUGAACGGUUUCGUCACCUACAUUGCGGAGAUCAAGGAUAGAUUUGACGAGACCGAGAAUCUUUUUGACGUCCAAGGAGAAGUAAUCGAUGGUUUCUACGAGGGACUUGAUCAAGUGAAAGCCCAGUGGAAGAGCUUCCGCGGCGAAUCAAAGCAAAAGCAGCGUGCAAUGGUUGUUUCUCCAAGAGGAAGAAGCCGAUCGCUCAGCCGUAGCCCGGUUCGACGCAAGCAUCGUGGCCGCUCUCUUUCUCGUUCUGUAAGCCGUGGAUCUCGUUCGCCAUCGAUGAGUCGGGAUAGGAAACGCUCGUAUCGACGCUCUUAUAGCAGGUCACCUCCUCGCGUUGACAGAAAAUCCCGUCGUCAUACUUAUGGAAAUCGCUAUAAUCCAGAGCCAAAUAGAUGCCUUGGUGUGUUCAAUCUUCCCAAAUCAACGACAGAAAGGGAGCUUGACAAGCUGUUUGGAAAAUAUGGAGACAUUGAACAGAUCCGCCUUGUUCGUGAUCACUACACCCGUGAGUCAAGGGGCUAUGCUUUUAUCUACUUUGAUACGACGAAGGAUGCAACUCGUGCUCGAGACCGGAUGAUGGGAGCUAACAUUGGCGGUAGGGAAAUCCGUGUGGACUUUUCAAUUGCUGGAAGUAACCGCCGACUCUCGCCUAGACGUAACAAUGAGGAUUAUCGUCGCUCUCGUUCAAGAGCUCGAUCUCGUUCAAGGGCUCUCUCAAGCCGCUCAAGGUCGCCACGUCGUUCGCGACGCGACGGGGGCUCUCGAAGCAGAUCACCAGCUCCAAAACAGCCUCGUCAUUCGGCUUCAAAGUCUCCUUCGCGUGAGAAGAGCGUCUCACAAGAACCAUCAGUUCACAGCAACAAGUCACCCGAGCCUUCGCCUUCA